GACGUCACUGACGUCACUUUUAUUGUUUUCCUGACGUCAUGACGUUAGAAACGCAACGUUACACAGAUACCGGAUUACAGUUGAACAGUUGUGCUGCUUGCUAGACGUUUAUCAAGGUUACUGAAACUUUACAGGAAUAUAAAAGUUGAUUCAGUGUUUUGAAGUUGCCUUAUCUUAUAAUGGCCGAAGAGAAGGAGAAAAUUCAUUGUCUUCACGUGUGUGGACACAUUGAGGCAAUGCUGGAAGAGAAGGCUACCAAAGAAUAUGAGGAGAAAAUGGAGGCGAGGAAACCUAUACAGUGUAGUACUGAGGAAGACAGUGGACAGCUACACGAGAUUUAUAAAGACAGGGUGAAAGGAACAGAGCCGAGUGAGGAGAAGGCAAAGAUGAUACAGGAAAUGAUGGAGGCGAUAGAGCACGCGAAACUCGUGCACAGUAUGACACUACUUCGUGCUAAAGAAGAAGAGCACGGUUUGAAACGACAUCCAUCAACACUAAGUCACAUGCACCACGACGACAGUGACAGUGAAGGUGAAGUUGAAGACCUACCACAUCCAGACACGGAAAAUUCAGCUGACGCAACUUCUGUUGUUAACGUAGACGACACAGCUACGGCAGAUGAAGCUACUGAAGUCGCAAAAGCAGUUGAUAGUCAGGCAGAGACUGAUGCUGAGACAAAUCUUGCGGUUCCGGAAAUAAAUGUUGUAACACAAAGUGGAACUGAGGUGGAGAACAUGGGAAAUGCUGAUAGGGACGAUGACAAUCAAUAAUUCCAUUGUUUUGAAGGGAUAUUUAAUAAAAUUUGGCAAAUCUUCAAUUAUAAUAUAAUAAAAUUAUUAUAUUGCA